AUGGGUGGUGCCAGUAUUUUGAUCAAUUCGCGAUGGGUUUUGACAGUGUGCACGACGACAAGUUGCAAUAAUAAAGAAUUUUCCGUCACACAACUGUACAAGAUGGUCCUAAAUAGAGUGAAGAGUUGGUUGACGUGGUCAUGGACUUAUCUAUGGGCCUUUUGGUUCCUUCUUGUCAUUGUUCUUGUGUACAUCUUACGUGGUCCACUAAAAAUUACCGAAUCAAUUGAAAAUGGUUGGUUUUCCCUUGAAACUUCUUCAUCAUACUUCAACAAUUUAACGCCGAAGUUUUAUGUUGCUCUCACUGGCACCUCUAGUCUUGUAUCUGGGAUUAUCUUGAUUUUUGAAUGGUGGUAUUUUAAGAAUAAUGCAGUUGAUUCGGUGAGUGACGAUGGAAGCGACAACGAAGAUCCUAUGGAAAAUCAAAAAGCUAUUCCUGAAUGUAAAGUUUGGCGGAAUCCGAUGGCUUUAUUCCGUGGUGCAGAAUAUAAUCGUGUGAAAACAGUUAUGGAUUUGGAUCCCCUCACUUAUUACGACAUGAAUCUUUCCGCACAAGAUCAUCAAAGCUUUUUCACGUGCGAUGAAGACGUCGGGCGACCUGAUUAUGAUAUCAUGCAAAUCGCAUGGAGAGAGAGGGAUAGCGCAUCCCGUGUCAAUGCUGCUCGGGAAGCACUGCACAUAAAUCCGAAUUGUGCUCCGGCAUUGAUACUACUUGCGGAAGAGCAGUGUGAGACGAUCGUUGAAGCUGAAUUAAUGCUGAGACGUGCUUUGAAAGCAGUGGACAGUAGUUUGGGACAGUCACAAUCUGGGCAGUUGAUUCCACAUGAACGUUCCGGCGACGUUUAUCGGCAAGCAAGAAGAAGGGACUUCCACAUGCAAAUCUACAUUCGACGUCGACUCGCAAUGUGCGCACGGAAACAAGGACGAUUGCGUGAAGCUAUUAAAACGUUCAAAGAUAUAAUUCGCGAUGGAUCCAUGAGUAACAUAUUGGGCGUCCAAGAGAACCUCAUUGAAGCUUGCUUAGAAAUGCAAGCAUAUGCCGAUGUGCAGGCCUUACUAGUUCGAUAUGACGGAUUUGACUUACGGGAGCCAAGAUCAGCAGUUCUCAGCUAUACCUCCGCUUUACUCAAAGCAAGGGCUGUUGCAGACAAAUUUGUUGCGGACAUAUCAACAAGAAGAGGUUUAUCUUCAGCGGAAGCUACAGCAAUUGAAGCAAUAACCAGAGCUAUAGAGUUCAAUCCUCACGUUCCACUCUAUUUACUUGAGAUGCGUCCUAUGAUCCUCCCACCUGAGCACUAUUUGAAACGUGGCGAUUCGGAAGCUAUUGCUUAUGCCUUUUUCCACAUUCAACACUGGAAAAGGAUUGACGGAGCUCUUCAAUUGCUGCAGUAUACUUGGAAAGGAGAUUUUGCGUCAAGGUUUUCGAUGAGUGGAUAUUGCUAUCCGUAUUCGCCUCAACUUGAAUCUGCUGAUCGAGAACUUCUCCCGGCUUGGCACGAGGUUUCUGUAUUCCCAAAAAAGGAAAGUCCUGUAUGGUCACUGCUGCAGACGCUAACUUGUUUAGCUGUGUGCACUGUUGCUCUUCUCGUACAUCAUUACCCCACAAGCACAUUUGAUGCCAUACAUUUCGCAUUUUCUGCAAGCGUAUUAUGCACUCAGCGCCUUGUUUCACAUUUCUAUCACUGGAUUCCCGAAAAUGUGAUCGGUCUACUUGCUUCAAAGCCUGCUCAAAUAGUCGUCGAAAACAUGGACCCACAUGUCCUGAUGUCCGUAAUCGCGCCAUUAGAUGCCAGGAAGCUCGUUGAAGCCCUUCUAGGUGAUCUACGACAGUUGUCUACAGAAGCGAAAAAGAAGCACAAUCACGUGAAGGAGGCCGCCGAAACCGGCGUAGUGCGUGUGCGUAACAUUAGUACUGCUUCUGGGGAAUCGAAUCUUCUCACUAACCUACGAGCAGCAAGCAAUGAACUGCUUCAUCCUCUCAUUCUUGCCUGUGCUACAAGGCAAGCAAAGCUCGUACAAAUUGCUUUGCAAAGUAUUCAACGAUUAGUUCAACAUCGUGUUCUCGAAGCCAGUUGCGCUAAUGUCGUAGUCACUGAGCUGUGGGGUUUAGUUGAAGUGGAAUGUGAGGAACUCCGUGUUCUCCAGACAGUGCCACCACUUGUCUCUGCCGACCUGUUAGUUACAGGAAACACCCUUGCCAAGUGUAUUGUUAUGUGUUUCCGCAUGCAUUUCGCUAAAGAUCCUGUUGUCAUCAACGCAGCUUCAGCAGCAGUCCGACAAUUGGUUGGGUGUGUGUUUGAGCGUGUCAUUCAGGAAGAUGGCGUGUUUAAUAAUGCAGAACUGACAGUAGUAGCAUCUUCCGGAGGACGGCCAUCACCGCGCUCAGCGCCUCCGACCCUCCGGCCUUGUGCUGCUGAUGCGUACAUGUUAUUUAAGGAUUUGUGUCUACUUAUUAAUGCGAAACCUAGUGUCUGGCUCAUAGGGAUUCACGAAAUGACAAGAACUUUGGGAUUGGAACUUAUUGAAUCGAUUUUGAAGAGUUCUCCCGGUGUCUUCUUUAGGCAUCCCGAAUUUUGCGAUUUGUUGAAGUCGGAAGUCUGUCCACUUGUCAUUAAGCUGUUUUCUCCAAGUUUGAAAACUGCACAUGUGUCAUCUCAGCACCCAUCCUCUCGUUCCUCUUCAUCACAAGGCUUACCUGCUGAUCGCCCUUAUUUCCCUAUUGCUAUGCGUCUUGUGCGCAUUAUUCUUUGCCUUAUCUCUCUAUAUCAUCAAUUGCUGCCUACCGAAUGCGAGAUUUUCCUAUCCUCAUUAAUGAAAUUCGUGGAUGUAGACCGAAGAGGUUGGCAACGAGCAUUGUCGUUGGAAGCGCUACACAGAGUUAUUGCAAGACCCGAUAUAAUCAGAUGGAUUUGUGAGAAUUUUGACGCUCGAUCGAAUUCCACAAAAGUACUGGAACAUCUUUCAAACAGCAUUUUCUGUGUUAUUCAACAAUGCUUCAUUCCUUCGAAGAUGGGAUCUGAUAUUGAUGUAGAGCUGGACAUUAGUCAGCCCAAAGGUUCAUCCGGCUUCUAUUUUUCAAAUGUUUGGCAUCCAUAUAUGGAACAUCUAACCGCAAAGAAGUCUUUACUAUUGGACAGUCUUGAACGACAUGAGGCUGGAGUGAUUCCUGAAGGAUACGUGGUGUCUCGCGCAACUUCUGCCCUGGCCGACUUUGUCCAGGCUGUUUCCGUUACAGUGGAUGCUUUGAGUUUACAAGAGGGAAGUACGGAUAAUAACAAUGUUGCUGAGGCGAUAUUCACAAGUUGUCAACCGAAUCUGCUGAUAGCGUCUAGCCUGCUUCUAUCCGCGAGUACCGAUGAAACGGUGACGGAUCAGUUGUUAUGUGGGCUGUCUACAUUAAUGUCAGUAGGCUGUAGGCUGAAGAUGACAUCAGCCGCACUUAACUGUCUUUACGUUCUAUGUUGCGCUUGCCUUCCGUCAGUGAAUUACCUGCGGUCCUAUGCAGCAUAUGACGCGCCGAAGUGUGAUGCCCCGUCAGGAGAUCUAGUGUUCGAUUCCAAUUCUGCAUUGCAUGAAGUAGUUGCUUCGGGCACUCCAUGUCCAUCACCUAUUGUUGCCCCUGACAAGUGGAAUGAUCAAGUUAUGCUUACAUCACGAAAUUUGCAAGCAGCACGUAUUCUCCUAUGCUCUAUUUGUGCUCACGCUACAAUGAUGGACGAAUUAUGGUAUCUGUGUAUGUUAACCUGUCAACAUAUUACUUGGCUCUUGGCAAUACGACCUUUAUCCACUGGUAUCUUUACACGGGAAAAAACGGAGAAUGAUCAACAAAGUAACUGUGCUAAUGUAAUUACAACCGCGGCCCUCUCUGAAACACCAGUGCUAACCUCUCUUCUUGAUAAAAUUGCGUGUUCAUCUGUCUCUUUGUCGAAUGAGUCACUUCUGAAGGCAAUGGAGUCGAUAAUGAGGUUAUCUGACGAGAAUGUUGCUGUGGCGGCAACAGGUCGGGACUGCUCGUUGUUUCCAUUGGCUAUGCUUCUUCGUUUCUCUUUUCUGAAUCUUCAUCGUCAGAACGUAUUCUGGAGUCGUGUUACCACUCAUUUUAUCAAGGUUUGUGGUCACACCACUACAACGCUCCGCGAAUGGUCUGCGCUUGCUCUAGCCAGCAUAAUAAAGCAAGCGUUUAAAGUGAAGACAGACAUGAAUGUUGCUGAACAACAACAGCUUACUCUUUCUACGUUGCGUUCACUUUGUUCGGUACAUCACGCUGAUGUGCAACGACGGCAACUGGAUUGUUUGAUGGCUUUACUUCAAACGGAUGGCGCACAGAUGGUGUCUGAUAUGUGGUAUCAUGUCAUUCAUAUUGUUGCCGCUGUCGUUGACAAAGAGAAUAGCUGUGACGAAGCGCUGGUACGACAGGGCUACCUAGGCCUGAGACUCGUAGCUGCCGAUUUUCUGCAGUCGCUUCCUUUCGAAUGCAUUUCUGUUCUAGUGGAAGCGGUGGCACGUUACGGAAAGCAAACAGCUGAUCACAACAUAUCCUUAUCUGCACUAACCCAGCUGUGGACGAUUUCCGACUUUGUCUUUCGAAAAAGCGAGGUUGUGGGAGCUGAUACUUCUGAGAAGGUUUGGCUGGUGCUGUAUACCUGUUUGUCGGAACUAUGUGUUGAUGCUCGGCCUUCCAUACGGAAAAGUGCAUGCCAAACGCUUCUUCAAACUGUCGCAUCGCAUGGACAUGCACUUCGUAUUGCAACAUGGAAUCAUAUGGUUUGGCAGAUAAUUAUGCCAUUAUUGGAUCGAGUACGUGUGCAGACAAGAAGUGCAUCGACAGAACGAGCAAGUGGUGCUCUGCUUAUGCAUCAUUCACGUGAUACACAACAGAAGCAGUGGACAGAAACGUGCAUACAUACGCUUUCAGCUGCGUCAAAGAUAUUCAUCGCCCAACGAAAGGCUCUUCUGUUGCUGGAAGAUUUCGCAUCGGCAUGGGAAGCAUUGUUGUCGUACCUUGAAUGGGCAGCAUGUUAUCAAAAUGCUGAGCUAUCCUUGUCUGCUAUCAAGAGCUUCCAGGAAGUGCUGCUAGGAAAAGUAUCCGCGCAAACACUUGACAUCAAUACGAGGGAACGAAGCAGCAGUGUGGAAAACUCGAUAGAAGAAGUCAUCCCAUCUCUUCCUCUGCCACAGUGGAUUGAAUCGUGGAAUACCUGGCAACGGAUAUCCCGUGGGUUAGCGCGUAUGCGAAGCGACCCAACUCCAGAAGGGAAAGCGGCUUACGUUCCUGGACCGUCUCAUCUGACAACUCUUUUGCAUAUCUUUCCACCACUUUUUGAGCACGUUGCUAGACAUAUUUCUGUUGAUGAACUCAAAGCUGAGCAAUUACCAUCAGUGCUUGAGAGUCUGGUAAACGUUCCUGUGCCAAGUGAACAAGCUCCAUUCGUCAUGCAAUCGGCGCAUUCGCAUAUGUCCCCAACUCAAGAGGCGGUCUGUGAAGCUAUACGUUCCAUCUACAAUGAGUGCAUUUCACCGGGGAGUCCAUUACGUGAAGCGUUGGCCGAUCAAAUACGACAACUUCUCAGGUUUAGUGCAAUGGCUCUGAAGAACCCUACUGCUUUACGAUCUUCCAACAUCACAUCGUCUGGGCAGAAGGACUACCGUGAAUGGGCUCUGCACUGGAUUGUACCAUUCGCGGAAACUUCUCUACGGAUGGCUGUUGAGUUUCUCACAGCAACAGUUGCAUAUCCAGAAAUAAUUCGUUCACUUGUCGUUGUAGACGUUGUAAAGUUUUUGGGAGAACCGCUAUACUUGAAAUAUUCUUGUAUUUCUCCAACAACGUGGAAACUUGCUGCUUCUUCGUUAAUGACGGUGCUGCGGGUAUUUGUGCCUUUGGCAAGGCAACAUGUGGAGCAUUUUGAGUCACUCUGGCCUGCAUUGUGUGACACACUCGAGAAGUUUCUUUUUACUCCAAAUGUAUGUCCUCGAUUAGCAGCUGACGAACGUAAAAGAGACGAGUUGACCGAAUGCCAAAUUGUUGAACUGGUCCGAUCGGAACUGUUAUCACACUCUUCAACUCUUCCGCCAUCCAUGGUCCAGCGACUUAUCUCCAUAUUAAAUCGUGGAUCAAUUAGCCAGUUGGAUCCAACAGAUGUUCUAGCUUCAGACUCGCACGCGCAGCGAGUUGAGCUGGCUCGCACAUGUUUCGACGCUCUACUCUCCACAUCAAAUGAAGGGAAUGGUCGACUUGGGAAUGUGGCGGUGGCGAGCCUUUUGCAACGAUGCUCCCAGGUCAUGAAUGACUUUGUGCGAGAUUGGAGUGGAACAGGAGAUCUACGGUUACCACGUGGUCGUGUAGCUGAAAUAACAUCUGCCCUCCAAGCGGUUGAUUCUCUUAUUGGGCGUCUUGCUAGAGAUCCCACUCAAUCAGAGCUGUACUCUCAGUUGGUCUCGCUUUAUCCCAGCGUCGUGAAUGUGGUAGUAUGUGCCCGAUCUGAUCCAACAUUGGAAUCACAACUGAUUGUAACUCUUAAAUCUUAUCAGACAUUAGAAGGGACAUCGGAAGAGCCAACUGCUGGAAGAUUCAUUCUUUCAGGGAAUUCCGUAAAAGUGCCAGACGGAUUGUCCAAGCUAUCCACACCAGAAUCAAUUGUCCGAAGUCUGAUGGAGAUGUCUGGACCAUGGAGUGUGGUGUAUCAUCGGCCUGAUAUGAACCGCGUCUUCGUCGGACGCGAUAUCUUUGGUCGCUUAAGUCUGGUGUUCACCGUGGAUGGUGAUAAGAUUGUUAUUUCCGACGUUGUUCAGGAUUCUUCUUUGUCUGCAUGGCAUGAGAUUCCUUUCGCCCAAGUGUCCUGCAUUGACACCACGAAUAAAAGCGCUGUAAUGCAUUCGUACCUUCCUAGUUAUCCAGAAGGAAUACUGGAACCUUGGGCCAACGUGUUCGACUCAUUCUCUCUCAAACAUGAACCUAUGAAAGACGAACUUAUUAUAGUAUCUCGUGCAACUGAGGGUCCGUCGUCAUGCGAUAUUCCAGAAGAAUUCCUCAGAAGAUUGGUUGCUGCAACUACUGAUAUGUUAACAGAAGAUCUCGAAUCCACAGCCGUUGCUUUUUCUGGAGGCGUUGAUAGUCUGCUGGUGGCCAUCGCUCUGCAUCUUGCAUACGCCUCAGAACGAAAAAUCGACCUAGUCAAUGUUGCGUUCAUUCGCGACUCGAAACAUCAAACUGUCGUCACAGACCGAAAACGAGCUGUGGUAGCGUUCACAUUUCUACGAACUAAAUAUCCGAAUAGGAGGUGGCGAUUGAUUCUGGCUGAUAUAACUCAGGAAGAGAUGGAGAAGAGGAGGGCGGAGGAAAUUGUUAAGGCUGCAGCACCUGCUUGUUCUGUUCUGGAUGAAUCUCUGGCUUGCGUCCUUUGGUUUGCUCUCAGAGGAAUAGGUAAAGAUUAUGAUAGCGGCGAAUCAGUUGUGUCCCAUGCCCGCACUUUUUUUGUUGGUAGCGGUGCUGAUGAAUUACUCGCCGGAUAUGCACGUCAUAGAACUCGUUUUGAACGUGAUGGCGCUGAAUCAAUACCGGAGGAAUGUGAAACAGAGUUGCGUCGAUUAGGAAGUAGGAACGGUGGACGCGACGCUAGAGUGGCUGCUGCAUUAGGAAAAGAACUGAGAGCACCUUUUUUAAACGACGACUUUGUUUCAUGGGUGAAUUCGUUACCAAUGUGCAUCAAAUGCGAUUUGACGCUCCCUAGAGGCAAAGGAGAAAAGAAGCUCCUUAGACAGGUUCUUGCUGAACUUGGUGCACCGUACGAUGCACCCAAACAAGCAAUGCAGUUCGGAUCAGGUUUCGUUAAAAUGCAGAACGACAAAUCAUUGAAGGGCAGUGAUACGUCUUCCAUUUUGUUCGAAUUCCAGAACCAUAGCGGCUCAGGAGACUAG